UAUCUGGAGCGCACACGCCAUUCCACGGCUACUUCCAGAGACAGAGAAAGAGAGAGAGAGAGACAACAACCUCCCUCCCUUCUGCUCGCUCUCUCACUCACACGCGCUUCUCCUGAGGAAGCAGUAUGAAAGCCGACACAGUAUGGGCUGAAGACCAUAGUGAGGACGCCCACCGCUGAAAGACACAGAGGCAAAACGGAGAGAAAGAGUGCAAGAAACACCAACAAAGAAGGUGCGAACACAUUGAAAAGCAGAACCAGGCUGGAAAAUUGGCUGGAGGGAGCCGUGGAGACGGAGCGAGAGAGAGGAACAGCCCGUCUGUCUGUGGCGGGUCAGCAGACGCCGAACGCUCGUGGACCAGACGCUCACACUCACACCAUGGUGGUCCAGGCAGCCGUAACGCCCGGUAGAACCCGCAGGCUUCUCCUCAAGCUGCCGGUGGGGACGCUGAGGCGAAAUAGCGAGGACAGGAUGACGGAAGGGCGGAGAUGUCAGGUCCAUCUCCUGGAUGACAGGAAAUUGGAGCUCCUGGUACAGCCCAAGCUAAUGGCGAAGGAUCUUCUAGACCUGGUGGCAUCCCAUUUCAACCUGAAGGAGAAGGAAUAUUUUGGAAUCUCUUAUGUAGAUGAGACGGGUCAUUUCAGCUGGUUGCAGUUAGAUCGUCGUGUUCUGGAACACGAGUUUCCUAAGAAAUCUGGACCCAUUGUGCUUUACUUCUGCGUUAGGUUCUACAUAGAAAGUAUCUCUUACCUUAAGGACAAUGCCACAAUAGAGCUGUUCUUCCUCAAUGCAAAGUCCUGCAUCUAUAAGGAGCUCAUAGAGGUGGACAGUGAGGUGGUGUUUGAACUGGCCUCUUAUAUCUUACAGGAAGCUAAAGGAGACUUCACGAGUAAUGAUGCUACUAGGGCUGAUCUGAAGAAACUGCCAGCACUGCCUACACAAGCACUGAAGGAGCACCCUUCACUCGCAUACUGUGAGGACCGGGUCAUUGAGCACUAUAAGCAGCUAAGUGGACAGUCCAGAGGCCAGGCUAUCGUCAAUUAUAUGAGUAUAGUGGAGUCGUUACCCACAUAUGGAGUGCAUUAUUAUGCUGUUAAGGAUAAGCAGGGUAUCCCGUGGUGGCUGGGUUUGAGUUAUAAAGGCAUUUUUCAAUAUGACUACCAGGACAAAGUCAAACCAAGAAAG